AGACUAGCUCACUAGUGGUAGCCAUAGUUUGGUUAGAAAGAAAUAUGACUUGGUAUGAGGUUUAGGUUCUAACUUGUGACUUGGUUUUUUUCUUUUCUUUUCUUUUCUUUUUGGUUUGUUAUAUUGUGGUUUGUGGGGCUGAUGAGAUGACCAAAGAUUUAUAAUCCCCUCUCUGACCAACCUCUGCCACCCUUUGCAGAAGCAUCAAAAGCUCUCGCAGGACAAGGUAAAGAGUUUCUUUUGCAUCUUCACUCUCCUCUUCUACUCCUUCCUUUUCAGAUAAACACAACAGAUCAACAAAAACCAAUUUCAAUACUUCUUUUCUUUCUCCCCCAAAAAUCAUUCACAAAAAAUUUGGUCAAAUUACUCAUCAUAUGAUAUUGGUUUUCCUUCUUCAGAAUUCUGUUUUGAGUGCUUUUAUUCUAUAUCACCAAAAUCCUUUUGUUCAUUCCAAUUUCUCUGUUGUUAAAUUGUCAUAUAACUUUUGAGUCUUUACAACGAAAAACCCUAAAAUCUAAAAAGUCCCUUCCCUACAUCUCAAAGAGUGAAAUCUCUGAAUUCAUAAACCUGAAAAGUUUUUUCUGGAAUUUAGCAGCUGUUGUAGGAGUUAGUAGUAGCAGCAGCAGCAGCACUUUACAGAGUGGUGCCAGUAGCAGAUGAAGAGCAAGAAGCAAAGAAGUUAGAGAGUGAGAAAAGAAAGCUAGGGAGUGAGAAAGAGUACAUUACUUAACUACAAGAAAAGAAAAAGAAUUUCCCCACCCAAAACCCCAAAAAAGAGACCACUUUGAAAGAACCAAAUCCUGAAUAAAAAAUUAUAAAAAAGAGUUAGGAAUCUGGAUUUUCAGAGGAAUCAUCAGCUGCACCACCAAAUAAGACCUAUCCCACAAAUUUUAGACCCAUUAUUAUUACAACACCCACAAGAAGAACAAAAUCUAGACAGUGGUAGUAGUAGGAGUAAUAGUAGAAACAACUACAACCACCACCACCACCACCAUCUCCAACUAGUCCCAAAUCAUCUACCAUCUUAUGUAGGUUUAGAUCAUAGACUGAAUUCUCACAACCAAUCAAAUAAUGCAAAUCCCAGAGAUAGACCAUCUUCUUCAACAUCAAUGGGAAUGAAGGGUGUUGGAGGAGAGAUUGUUCAAGUCCAAGGAGGUCACAUUGUCCGCUCAACUGGCCGAAAGGACCGUCACAGCAAAGUUUACACCGCCAAAGGCCCACGAGACCGCCGAGUCCGAUUGUCCGCCCACACCGCCAUCCAAUUCUACGACGUCCAAGACCGGUUGGGCUACGACCGGCCUAGCAAAGCCGUCGAUUGGCUCAUUAAGAAAGCCAAGAACUCCAUCGACAAGCUCGCUGAGCUGCCACCCUGGCACCCCACAGAAAAUCCGGCUACGGAGGAUCCCGACCCACAUGCUGCGACGGCGGCGGUGGCAGUGGACUCCACCGAAAUGGGUCUCACGGUAGAGCAGUCGGAGUCUUCCGGGUAUAAUUUUCAGCUGCAUAGACAGUUGGGCCAUGAGCACUCGAACGCAGAUCAUCAUAACGGGUCGGGAUUCAUUCCUCAUCAACAUCAUCAGCCGUUGGAUUCCGACUCCAUAGCAGACACCAUGAAAUCUUUCUUCCCCACGAGCUCAGCUACUUCCGCCAUGAAUAAUUUCCCGACAUACCCACAAGACAUUAUCCAGAGAACAGCUAACCCGACCCAAGAUCUCGGCCUUUCCCUCCACUCCUUCCAUGACCACGGUAUGGCUCAUCAUGACCAGUCUUCCCAAGGCGGUGCUGACCACGCGCCUCAAACUGACCACCACCACCAACAACACGCUCUCUUCGCGGCCGGGUUCGGGUCGAGUUACCAGAGAAUGGUUCCGUGGGGUAGCGAAGCAGGCGACAACAGAGGAGGCGGAUACGAUUUCGGGUCGCAAUCGUUAGCCCCGGCAGCUUUGCUGGGUCAGGGCUCAACGGCGUCGUUUGGUAACCAGAGGGGAACCCUUCAGUCCAGUUUUUCACCAUUGGUUCGGGCUUGGGACGAUCAUCAUCUAGCUAUGGCUUCCCAAAGAUCACAACCCAUUCACCAAUCUUCUUCCUCCAUUUUCGGAACACGUUUUGUAUCGGAUGGCUUGUCGGCGUUCUGCAUUCCGGCCAGAAUUCACGGCGAGGAUGGCCAAAAUGACAACGAUCAAGGUGGCGGUGUCGUUUCGGAGAGGCCCUCAUCUUCGUCUUCUCCAAACUCUACCCACCAUUGAUUCCACCAACAACAGUGUUGGGAUUUUCCAUUUUUCAUUUAACUCAAUAGGCUGUGCUGUGCCAAUCAAUUAAGAAGAAGGGAAAAAAAGAAAAAGAAAAAGAAAAAAGAAAGUCAAGACUUGGAGAUGAGAUUUGAUUUGAUUUGAGUCAAUGCAAUGCAAUGCAAUGGUCUACAGAUCAGGGAAGCAAACAUGCAUCUGAUUUUGAGAUUGUCAAAGAUUUUCUUCUCCUUAUUAUUAUUUUUUUUUGUUUUGUUUUGUUUUUCUCAACUUAACUUAAUAUUUUAAUUCGAUUUUCGUCUUAAUUUUAUUAAAAUAUAUAAUGAAUUUAUGAUGAUGAUGAUACAGUGAUUAUUUUAA